AGUUGAUUGAAAAAUUCCUGAAUUAGGUUGCAAAUCCUGAAUUAUUGACGCAACUGAAUGAUUAUAUGUUACAGAAACUGGUUGUCGCUCAAGCUUAAUAACUCUGGAUCGAGAUGGUGAAGAAGAAAAUCAAGGGUAGCAAGCGAGGGAAGAAGAAAGGUGAAGCAUGGCAAGUUGAGGAUGUGCAGAUACACACAGGUUUGCCACCCAAGGUUGAAGGUCAGCUGAGAUGCUACCUGAAGCUCUGCAUCAAUCAGAUUUUGUGGAUGAUCCCAAACCCCCCAGACAUUACCCACGUGAGAAUGAAGUGGUGGGGUGAGGACAGUGAUGGAGCCAUUUUCAGACCUCAUGAUGUAAAAAAGGGAAGUAAAGCCGGCUGUCGAACUACAGCCCGGUACGCCAUCCGAUCAGGACCAAAGCAGUUUGCAGCAUACCUAACUGACAUGCGUGUUCUAAUUCUUGAGGUGCUGAGUGGUCCAAUGAUGGUAGCUGUUGGAAAGUGUCAAGUUGAUCAGAUAGCCCUGAUCUCCCCAACCAGGCCAAUUAAUGGAUUUUUUGCAGUAUUCUCAUCAAGCGGUGAGAAGAUAGCAGAGCUUCAGGUCUCAGUUGUCUUAGAGAGCCUAAUGGCAUCGUACGACAGUACCCAGUCUAUCCCGACCACUGAUAUGAGUAUAGACACCAUGAGCAGCCACCAAGAUAUACAGCCUAUCAACCCAUCUAAGAUGAUCACGCCCAUGGCCAGACCAGACUACAGCAGGACACAUGGGGUAGAGGAUCCCUUUAUAUCACCUAGACCUGGAACAAAGGCCAAUGAUGGCAAAGGUCUGAGAGGAGUUGAUGCCAUGUUCUAUGACAGAUCCCCAACCAGUGUUCCAGCGCAGCCAAGGCCGAUCUACGAGUAUCCAACCAAGGAUGUGGGCCUCAGUCCACCAGCUGCCAUGAGUACAAUCAACCCUUCAGUACCUGCAUCGAAGCCAUUUUCACUUGACAUGAGGAACAAGCCGACGUCCGAUAUGCUAUCAGCAUUAUUAGACAAGGGCACAAAGCUGAAGGAGGCAAUGAUCAAGUCAAGCAUGGAUACAAACUUGAAACCAUCCCGGAGCAAUCCUGAUCUUAGCACCAUCAGCAGUGUUGAUUCAGAUACGAUUUUGGAUGCUUCAAAAACGUCCAAGAGGAGGGGUUCCACUGGAGACCUUUUCAGGGAGAUUUUGAAAGCAGACGGUGACAAGCAGACGACACAUCUGGAUUUGAUGAAAUCUUUUGAUGAUUCCGUGAACACCCAUCAAAGAGCUGUUGACCUCGUGCUUGGGUCCCAGGUUGAUACCAGGGAUUAUAAGACAAUGAGAGCUCUACUUGAAGGUGGAAGCCCCUCUUCAUCCAUUUCUGAAGACCCUGACCUGACGAGUGAAAUGGGAGACCCUCUGCAUGAUGAGAGUAUUCUGCAAGAUCUUUUCUAUACGAAUGAGAAGGAUGUUAGUUCUGAUGAUCUGUCCAGCAGUGAAGAUGAGGUUAUAGUAAGGCGGCACAGAAGAACACCAUCUAUUGAUGAACCUGGAAAUGUUCGACCACCAUCUAGACAUUCUUCUCAAUCCAGCCUGACAUCACCUCACCUCGAAAAAACCGCAUCGCCUGCUGGUCAGAGGAAGGAGGUAGAUGACGAUAUGAUGUCACAGACAUCUGAGAGGUCGCGGGUAUCGUUUGAUAUGACACCGUCAGAUUCUGAAGAACACACGCCAAGAGUGCAGAAAAAAAAAGGAAAGAAGCAGGCUGAAACUAAGACCGUGGAAGGCCUGAGUGUGGAGCGGCUGACCCUCCUUGGUCGGGCCAACAAGGCAAGAGUUGUCAUUGAGAGCUUCAAGUUGAAGGAAGAAAAACUGACGUCUGCCUCACCGAGGAAGGCCAAAGGAAAACCACCAAAAGCAUCCAAAAAGGCGAGCACCUACUUUGUAGAAUACCAGUUCCCUGUGGUAGCGACGUCAAGAGAUAAACACACAUCGAAUACCAUGGCGACAGAGGUAAUGAGGGUCGUCUCAAAGAAAGUCGCCGAUGGAACUGUUACGUUUGCUCACCGCUCAGUCUUCCCUGUACUCUUUGACGGAUCGGCCAUUGAGCAGUGGUGGAAGUCAGCUCUUGUUUUCAAGCUGUACUCCAGAACAGCCAGCCAGAAAGUGCCAUCGCUGAUAGGCACAUGCUUGGUGUCGUUGAAGUCCAUACUAAAAUCUGACAACCUUUACGUGGAUAAAAGUCUGUUGGUGAAAGAUCGAACAGGGCAGACGUCGUCGGCAAGUUCAUCGAUCGAGAGCAGUCCAGGUGCUGAUGUCGCUUCUAUUGGAAGACUGAAGAUAUCAGUUGAAUUGGCUUCUGAUAGUAAAGAUUUCGCCACCUGCCUGGCCAAGACCAGAUUAGCCGAGAUGAGGAACCCCAAGAUUGUCGAGAUCCCAAAGUCAAAGCCCAAGCCAAAGCUGCCACCUACUCCGCCCGGGAAAUCUAAAGUUUCGGUUCAAGCUGGCCCGGUAUCAUCCAAUAUAACAGAAAUGAAGCAGAGAACUCAGACUCAGGAUCAGCAGCCAACACAGAUUAUCUACCAACAGAAUAUCAUCGAUGAGAGCAGUGAGGCUGUGACGCUGCAUACCAUUCUGAUGAUCCCAGAUGCACGUAAUGUGACUCUGCACGGAAGCCGCACACUGCAGCUCUCCAGUAACAAGAACCCAAAGCAAGCUCCACAGCCACUGACAGGUUGGCAGAAACGUGACAUGUCGACGAGGAAUAUCUAUGUCGUCUGCAGGAUGUUCUGGUGUAGUGAUAGCGUCCGCUCUAACAUUGCCUGGGGAACAUUCGAGCCGACCUUCGACUUUGUGCAGGUGGCGCCUGUUUUAGUGACUCCGUCAUUACUGGAGAGGAUGAGGAAUAACUUCAUGGUGGUCGAGGUCUGGGACAAGAAAACUUCAUCAGAAAGUGACAAACUGAUUGGAAUUGUGAAGCUCUCCUUGCAUCAGUUCUACAUGUCAUUUCGGGAGAGGAAGAUAAUGAACUCCUUGAUGAAGUCACGGUACCCUGUGAUAUCGGUGGACAACUACCUCCCUAUUUUGGAUCCCUUCACCGGUGUUCAGUUCGGACAGAUUAAGGUGCUACUUGGCAUGGGAUCGGCUGAACAGGUAUCAACGCUACAACGAUUAAAACUUGAUCCUGCUAAUGCCAUUUCUGUGUCUGAAAGACCAGGUCACUUCUUGGAGAGGAAAGACAUGUCUAGAGAUAGGAGCAUGGCUGAUUAUCAACAGGAUGACGGCAUGGUCGAGCAUUCGUUCGAGGUUGUAAUAGAAGGUGUGCGGGAACUCCAGCUGCUCGACGAUAUGGUUUGGGGCGAGGCGGACAUGUUCAUCCAGUAUCACUUCCCUGCUCAAGCACAAACAAAACAGCACGGUGGACCAGAUAUCCUCCAUGCAAUGCCAACUCUGAAGCCAUACCGGACUGCCACCACCCUAUGUGUACCUGACCCUGUCUUCCAGGAUAUCACCAGGCACCGUAUCAUCCUGCCCGCUGGCACACCCGCCCAAAGAGAAAUCCUCACAGCUUGUGCUGGUGCUGGUGGCGGAGUGGGUGGAGUCCCGUUUGAAAUCUGGUGCCGCUAUUACUAUCCUAAUGUCAGGGAUCAGGUUAUAGCUAAGGCGAGCCUUCCAUUGGCCAAGUUAUGUGCCAUGAUCACUAUGCAGAAACAGGGCGAGACCAACAUCCAGACAUUCCCUCUUCCUCUCACCCCUGUCUCCCCUGAGGUGCAGUCAUCCGAGGAAAAGGCUAAGAUGGGCAACUCGGGCCUCCUUGACGUCACGAUCAAUUACAAGACUUCAUCCCACCAAGUGAAGACAGAUGCCAGUCAGAUGGCUGCCACAAGGAAUCUGUCUGGAUCACAAGUCUGUCUCUCGCUCGGUAUUAUCAGAGCCUCUGGACUGAAGGCUGCAGCAGAGAUGCAUGCCCGCCUCAACUCAGGGAUGCAGUAUCCAGCCGAAGUUGGUGUCAACACCUACAUCAGGAUCAAGAUGUCUUUCCUCUCCAAGGAAGAUGAGCGCCUAACCCGAACCAUUGCGAGGACUUUCUCCCCCGAGUUCUCCUGCUACAUGGACUUCCCCUGCCCUCUGCUGUGGACAGAAGCUGGUACUGAUGCGCUGUGCCUGGCUGAGAUACUAGAGACUGCCGAGGUGACACUGGAGGUCUGGCAUCAGGUCCCGGGCACCAACCCAGAUGUUGACCGAGAGUACGUCAACACCGGCUCAUCAGAAGUCCAGGGCAGAAAACUUGUCUCAACAGUUGGAGAUGUUUUACUAGGGACUACUACUGUGCCCCUCAGGGGUGUCUUGGCUCACAAGACUGGUGUAAAAGGCUGGUUUGCCAUCAAGCUGCAGAAUCUUGGGUGGGGUGUUGAAUCUGACCUAGACGAGGACAUAAAAUCAUCCCGAGGUGGCAAAGGUCUGGAGAGAAUUGUUGGAGGUCUGGAGCUUGCCGUCAAGUUUGCUCACCACGAUGAUAGGGAGAGAGUGUUGCAUGCUGGGAGGAGCGUCGGGUGGAGUCCUGAACAGGAUUAUGAGGAGGAGGAAUGGGAGAGUGCGGAUGAUUCAUUGAGUCACCACCACCAAGUAACCGUAGUGAUCGACCUUGCCUGCUUCCCCGUUGCCAAUGCCCUCAUCACCGGACAGACAAGUUUGGAUUCUGCGGCCAAAUGUUACAUCAGAUACAAGUUUUAUGACAAAGCGGCUGUGUGCUCCAAGGUGCUGCCAGUUGAGGCCAACAAUCAGAACUACAUCAUGGCCGAUCUUCGACACAAGAAGGUCGCUUAUAUUCAAGCCACUGCUCCAUUCUCCUGGUAUCUGAGAGAAGAGCUAUUAGAGGUUCAGGUUUGGGUGACGUACAGCCACGACACUGACCAGAAGAGACCUCGCCACCGGGACAAGCUGAUUGGAUCCGCCUACAUUGAACUGAGUAGUCUCGCUCAGCGCAGAAGGAAACAACAUAGAAUAAGUGGUGUGUUCCCAUUGUUCAAGCCGGGCGCGUCCAGUCUUGGAGGAGCAUUCGUUAGAGCUCAUAUCACUCUCCAGCCACAGUUUGGAACCAUGCAGAAGGAUGUAUCUGAGGAGAACAUUGACUUUGAUGAGCUGAUGGACUCUGAGGAUGAGGUCCGGGUAUUUGGCAAACGCCACAAGACGCCCAAGAAGAUCACCAAGGAUUCCAAACCACUGCUGCCGGAUGCUGACACGUUCCCUGUUCAUAUCUCCGUUGAGAGGGCCAUGCAUCUUGCUCAUGUCCCCGAUAAGAGAGGUUGUGGUAUGAUCGAACCCAGUGCCUAUGUCUCGUACCAAACAGCUGAGAGCCAUGAUCCAGCUCACACAGACAUCGUCAGCAGCCAUGACUCACCGAUGUGGAAUCACGAACAUGACACACGCUUGACUAAAGAAUUGCUGCAACAAAAUGAUAAGAAUCUGGUAUUCAAAGUUUGGCACAAGACUGUUUCCGGAUCAUCAACACCUGAUAAAUCAUCUGACCGUGUUAUAGGUUUUGUCUCGGUUGAUCUCGGCCCGAUGUCGAUAGGUCUCCGUCAGAUCUGUGGAUGGUACAACAUCAUGGACUUCAAUGGGCAGUGUCAAGGUCAGAUCAAGGUUGGUGUAAUUCCUGGAGAAGAUCUUUCUAGUGUAGGUGUGAAGACAGCUUCAUCACCAUCAAAGACGUCUACAGGUCCUGCACGUUUCCUUACAUCUGGUGCCUACCCAACAUUCCCUAGCCAUAUCUCCCAGCAUAUGGACCAGCGUGUUGCCUUGGAUCCUUCAGGGUUGCAGGCCCAGCCUCCCGUACCUAAACACUGGCAGCUUCCUUUCUCCACAUCCCUUGACAUCGGGGAAACUUCAAGGUCAAUGCUCUUUAGGAAUCUAAGGUCAAAUAUCGAAGAACUGGAUCAGAUCAACAAAAAAUUUACCAAACGUUAUACGCAGGAAGAAGGACCAGAAGCAGAAGAACCAGUCCUAAAGACUGUUUCAGAGAGAGGCAGUGGAUCAUUAGCAUUAGGAUUUGACCUGUUGGAGCCAGAAGGGGUUGACACCCCCGAUUCUGCGUCGGAUGAAUUCAGUGAAUCGCUUCAGCGUGCCCGUCUCUUGUUGAGAGGUCUCAACGGAUCACCACCUAGUGGCAUUCAGAGGAGUGAGGAGCCAAGACCAAGGGAGACACCUGUCCGAGGAAAUUCGUGGACAACAGGUGUGCCUGUCGUGACUGCUAUGCCUCAGAGUGAAGAAAAGUCUGAACGGAUACACGGCUUAGAUAUUGACAUUGAUUCCUUUUCUCCUGUUUUGCCGUCACGUCGUGAUGCCUCGGUUCAUGAUUUACCCGAGGAGAGGACGGACGAUAUUCAUGAAAUAUUCCAAGCAAGACAGCACCAUCUUGGGGCUGAGUCAUCAGACGAUGCCUCUGAAGCAGAAGAUGACUACAUUACGCGCCAGUUUCAGCGAUAUGAAGAGGAGGGGGAUGAGGAGGAGGUUGAUGAUGCAAGUGUUGUGGCACCGAGACCGUUAAACAACAUUUCCUGUUUUAAUUUCAAGAACGCUUUUGAUGACACAGUACUUUCACAAAGGAGCGAUAUGGACAAUAGCCGCAAUCAGGACCAUGAUAUGUUUUCUCAAAAGCCGGGUGUGAUUCUCGAGCCUCGGGAAUACCAACCAAAUGAUCCUGGUGUUGUGUCAGAGGGAAGUGGGGUCAGUCUAGAGGGCAGAGGUCAGGGACGCAGGUUAGAAUACCAGCGUCAACAAUCUGAGGAUGAUGUGGAUGGGGAUUUGGGGCCCUUUGACGAUGUUGACCGGAUGACAGAUGUCACCCAAGAAUCUCAAGUUGUUGGAACCUUAUCUGGUAAUGUCGAUCUCCCACCUGUUUCAAUAUCAGGGGUUGAUCAUCUUGCAGAGUCGGAUGUUGAUAGAAGUGUGGAAGAGGAUGAGACAGCAGAUGUGGGUAGGGGUGUUGCCAGUGGUGAUGAGGAAGCAGACGGUAGCGAGGAGGAACACGUUGAACCAGUUCAUCAGGUAGACGACAGAGGUGAAGCAGACGACAUUGUAGAAGACGAAGCAGAAGAAAUAAGGGAGGAAAUUCAGGUAUCUGUGGCUGAUUCAGAUGAAGAAUCUUCCACACCAAGGCCACAUACAAUUCAAGUCGAAGCUGAAAUUCAUGGGCCGGCACCAGUGGAGGAACACCAAUCUGCCAAAUCUGCAUCCAACUCCAGCUUAACUUCCAGCACUUCAUCCUCAAGUUCUAGUAGUAGUUCAAGUUCAUCCAAAUCCAGUAAAUCGUCAGAAAGUCACAAGACGGACGAGUCUGGCAAAUAUUGGAGCAGCUCCAAGACUGACAAGAAGAUUCGAGAUGAGAAUAGUACCGAUGAGGAGGAAAGACUGGAUCAGGAGAAUGUACCGCCGGCCGAUGUUGAGUCUUCCAAAGAUCUCCCCAGCAAACAGAGUGCUGCCCCUGCAUUCUUUCUCCCACCUAAAGAUCUAGAGGAGUCAAUGAGGGCACUCAGAAUGGUCACAGCACUCAAGCCUAAAGACAAGUCAUUUGUUUUCCAGCUCGAUGAAGAGAGGAGCCAACUGAAAGCAGCAGCGGCCAAGGAACAUGUCGAGAAAUUAGGUGUCGCCAGCCCUCGAACACAACAGAUCCUGUCUGCAAGGUCACGACCCUUACCGUCUGCUGAUGAAGCGAAACGAAUCGCUAAAAUAUUCGCUGCACGUUUCUCAAACAAGGAUUAGUUGAAGACGAACAUAUAAGGGUGCAUGUCAAUCAAAUGAAUAUACGUGUAUGAUACAGGCCACAACUCUUUGGCCCAGAUCUUUUCUCAAACAAAUUAUAGGGGGUGAAAUGCAGUCCUUCUCACCCUUCAGUAUCAUGAUUCUGCUGGUCUGCUGUAGCCCAUAUCAGGUAUAUUAAUAUGAAUCAUUGCCAUGAACAUGAACUGACUGGGGAAAAUAUGCGCCUUAAUCCAGACACAUUUAGGUAUGUUUUGUGUAAAUAACGUUCUGUAAUAUAAGAUGUAGUUUUGAUUAAAAUGUAGAGCUGGUCUCCUAAAAAUCUUACAACUGGUUGUUAAGAGAUAAGUAUUAUUAUGAAAUGAAAUAAUCUACUCAUUGUUAUCAGAGGCAGGACUCUGAAUUAAGAUGUCCAUAAAACAUUCCAGAUUUGAUAGAGGAUGGGAAUGUCCGGAACACUACUACUGCAAGGGCCUACCCUUUUGGUGUCCUUCGUCAAGAGUUCAGAGGCAAAGGACACUGAACACCGUUACGAGUAAUGUACAUGUAUUUUUGCUAAAUGCUGUGUAAUGUAAAUCUUGUCUUAGGCUGGUGUAAGAUUCAUAGUCUAGUGUAUACUCAGCCGAUGCAUUUUGUAACAGAGUGGCUUUUGUACCACAGACAGUGCAUAAAAUUGUACAUGUAACCCAU